GAGAAGGAUGCACGUGGUUGAUCUCUCGUUUCGUGCAUCACCUGACUAGCCGGUGGGGGUUAUUAGGAUUUUCACUAUGCCUGUUACUAGUGGGGCUUUUACACUUAUGCAAAGAGCAGUAAUGAGGAAGUCCGGCAUUGGAGAUCUGACUAGAAUGGACACAAGCGCAAAGGGAAAGGCUUGUCCUGCAUGUCAAAGGAAUGGCCGCUUAACAUGCAGAAGGUAGAGUGGAUCAGUGUACCCGGAAGAACCAGGCUAGGAGAACCGUGCUUGAAGACAUACCCCCUGCAAUGCGAGGAACUUCUCAAGAGAGCCCGAGGGUCCUUCCGAGCAGGGCGCAGCGUCAAGGAGAGCUUCAGGCUGGCCCAGCUAGAGGCUGUGGUGCGGAUGCUGGAGGAACAUGAGUGUGACUUUGUGGAUGCUCUCGGACGGGAUCUUCAUAAGCCACGCUUUGAGACGGUUGUGUCAGAAUUAAUUUUGGCUAAAAAUGAGGCUGUUCAUGCCAUCAACAACCUCAGGAUGUGGAUGCAGCCACAGCACGUUGAGAGAAACUUGUCCACUACGCUGGAUGAGUGUGUGGUGGUAAACGAGCCCCUGGGGGUUGUGUUCAUCAUGGGGGCCUGGUGUAGUCCCGUCCAAAUGUGUCUGGUUCCACUGGUGGGGGCCAUAUCAGCAGGUAACUGUGCUAUCAUCAGUCCUUCUGAGUGCACAGCUCACACAGCAAGACUUCUACAUCGUCUCGUCCCCUCCUACUUGGACAAUGAAUGCUUCCAUGUGAUUCUUGCAGGCACUAAUGACUUGGCUGACAUGGUGGAACUUAAAUUUGAUCAUGUCUUCUUUUCUGGAACCAGAGAAGAAGGAAUUCGAAUUGCUCAGGCUGCAGCUCAAUCUCUGACACCUGUCACCCUUGUUCUGGGUGGGAAGAACCCUUGUUACGUGGAUCAACACUGUGACGUGGCCAUCACAGCCCAGCGCAUUGCCUGGGCCCGCUUCCACAAUGCUGGGCAGAGCCUAGUGGCUCCUGACUACAUCCUGUGCCAUUCGAAUGUCAAAACCAAGCUGGUCCAGGCCCUGAAGUGCUGCCUGAUGAAGUUUUAUGGGUCCGAUCCCAGAGAGUCCCGCAGCUUUGGCCGCAUGGUUAAUCUGGACAUUUUUAACCGGACUAGAGACUUGCUGUGGCGAUCUGGCAAGGUGGCUGUAGGCGGACAGGUGACAGAAGCAGAGAAAUAUAUUGCCCCAACAGUUUUGACAGAGGUGGGUGAGUCAGACCCCAUCAUGCAACAAGAUGUUGUUGGACCAGUUCUUCCUGUUCUUACAGUGAACAAUGUGGAUGAAGCGAUUGCCUUCAUCAACAAGCAGGAGAAACCCCUCUGUGUGUAUGUGUAUUCCAACAACAGCAAGAUUCACAAAAAGCCAAAGAUAAAGGAAGACUCAACCAAUCAUGUGAUAUCCACAAUCAUGAGUGAAACUUCAAGCGGAAGCUUUUGUUCUAACGACUGCUCACUGCAGAGUGUGAUGGUGGCCAUGCCUUUUGGAGGAGUCGGUGCCAGUGGAAUGGGUUCCUACCACGGACGCUACAGCUUCGAUACCUUCUCACACAGGAAAUCAUGUCUGCUAAGAAGCACACGCUUAGAGUGUAUGACCUAUCUGCGUUAUCCACCCUACGAAGACCGCAAUCUGUCCCUCAUGACGUGGGCGAGCACUCUGUCCCAGAAGAGCCAGGGCUGGUGCCAGAUCCUGUGAUUUGCGUAGAAGGGUCAAGCUGGAACCAAAGGCAUAUUAAGACCUGCAUGUAUUGUACUGUUACAAAGUCCACUGACAUAAGAGGUUCAUGGAGGAACAGUUGCCACAACUGAUGCUGGUAUUGAAUUAUUGAACAAGCAAAAGCAAAAUGAAUGUGUUUGAAUGACAAGUGCAUGUUGAUUUUGAGAAAUUAUCACAGUUUACAGUAUAUAAAAAUGCACCCAAAUCCAGAUUUUCACCUCAUUAAUGUUUAAUGCUAUACUUUAAAACUGUUAAAUAUACAGAUGAAGGUACAGGCCAAAGAUGUAUUACGUAAAUGUUUUGUCAGCCUGACAUUACUCGGGUCUUUUGUAGAUUUUCUCCUUGUUGUUUUCCUUUAGGGCUGCAUAUCUUGCCACAGUGAAGAGAUAGUCGCUUAAUCUGUGGAAGAUAUGAAUGCAUUUAUCAGAUGUAUGGUCAAAAAUGCAUGCUUAGUACAUUGCCUGGCCAAAGCAAAAAAGGUCACACAUUCUAAUGUUUUGUUGGACCGCCUUUAGCUUUGAUCAUGGCACAUAUUGUAUUUACUGUGGCAUUUCCACAAGCUUCUGCAACAUCACAUUUAUUUUUGUCCAGAUCUUUUGACAGGACAUUCAGACCUCUGUGCAAAGUUUCCCCAAUGUCCUUCCACUUUUUUUUAAAACCUGAUUUUAGUAGCAUCAGCAAUCUCAGUUUUCUCAUGCUUGAUAUAUACCAAUAAUUUUACACUUCUGAAACUGAUUAACAUAUUUUACACGACCACAGGAUGUGUCUUUGGACAUGGUAGUUUAACAAAUGAGAAGCUACUCAUUGCAUCAACCAUCCAUUUUCUAUACAGCUUGUCCUCAUGAGGGUCACGGGUGAGCUGGAGCCUAUUCCAGCUGACUUUGGGUGAGAGGUUGGGUAUACCAUGGACUGGUCACCAGCCAAUCACAGGGCACAUUUCUACACACGCUCGCAGUCACAGCUACGGGCAAUUUAGAGUCUCCAAUUAACCUAAUAUGCAUGUUUUUGGGAUGUGGAAGCUGUAGUAUCUGAAAAAAAUCUUCGUGCGCACAUGUAAACUCCACACAGAUCGCCUGACUGUGAGGCCAACAUUCUAAGCAACAUCACCACCCAUGCAGUACUUAUCCAAUGCCAGUCUCUUGACAAUUUGGCGUGGUGGUUCUCAAAUAUUUUCAGUCAUGCCCCCUGAUUUGAUAUACUAUUGAGAACCUGUAAUAUUUAUCUGUACAAACCACUGCAUAAGUUGCUGGCACCAGCAUUGUACAAGCAUGAAUAAAGACACUAACAGACUUGCCAACCUUGAAAUUGUAUGAGUAGUCACCCCAGCCUCUCACCCCAAGCACUGGCUUGGAAAAUCCCGGUGGCGACUAUUUGUUUUUGACCAGGCAGAGUAUAUUAUUAAAACGCUGCAAUUACCUAUUUAAAAACCUGGCAACAUCUGGAUCUGCCUCCCCUGAGCGCACAAUUGGAGCAACACUGUAAAAGCAAUGAAUAGACCACAAAAUUUUAGAAUAAGUUUACUGUUUUUUUUUUUUGUUUUGUUUUGAUGACAAAUGCACAAUAACUGACCUUCUUUCGGCUCUACGACAGACUGUCCGAGCUACAUGCAAAGCUGUGCUGCUCUUUCCGCCAGACUGAAUGAUAGACAAGGGUCAAAUAAUGCAACAGAAAUAUUAAAUAGAAACACAAGUCAUCGUCAGCAUAGUUGGACUUACAGGUAAAAUGAAGUUAGUUAAAGGAGGGAGUUCCUCAGUCAUUGUAUCAAUCCAGUCUUCCAAGUCAGCUAUUGGCAUUGCAGUAAAUUUUGUUCGAGCUUUCAAGAAGAUACACAUUAGAAUAAACACUUGGACAAAAAAGCAGCCAAAAUCACCUAACAAAUGCACUUACUUAUAUGACUUUUUCUUGCAGAUGAUGGAGGGGUGGCAAUAUUGGAGCCAACAUCUUGCAAAACACAUUGUAUCUGGAGGCGAAACAACAAAAUAUAGUCAUAAAUCUAAUUAUUGCUACAUUUCUAAGAAGGGGUAUAGUAAAUCCAACCUUGUCCAGCUGGUGAGUGAAUGUAUGACCUUUUUCAAGACAAAAUUCUCUGGCCAAGCUGCAAUAUUCAAUACAACAGGGUCAACUUCAUUGAGUCGGGUAACAGAAAAGGUUUAAUUGUGGAUUGUGGCAUCUGAAUAGACGAUACGUUACCCUAUAACUGAUGACAGUUCAUCAGUAUUUCCUAAAGCUUCAAAAAUAUGAUCUUCUUUUGGUCUCCUUUCUCCUGUAAAUGUGCUAGAGAAACCUAUACAAGAAAACAAAAUAUGUCACUCUGCACAUCAAUCAAACAUGGCUUCUCAAGAUGCAAUAAAAAAAACCUUUGUCGCCUGUUUUCGUAUAGAUUUUUGGCACUCUGUCUCCAUCAGAGGUGUAGCUGUAUAGUGAAAGAUGAGAGUAUGGAUUAUUAAAAAAGUGUAUAAAGAAUCCGGUGCUCAAAACUAAUCUACUACACACAGACAACUAAUGAAAUGCCUUCUGCUGUUAGCUUAGCUUCUGCCUGACUUAAACAGAAUUUUUUUUUACAAUACAUCAGUUAAAAUACUACAACCUUCUCCAAAAGAAUGGCGUUCCCCUUGUCUGUCGUUCUCUAAGUUGCC